AUAACUUUGUUGUCCAAGAAUGGCGGAUCACAAAGGGGCGGCGCUAUCUACGUGCAAGAGAACACAUUCGCUGACAAUGGGGCGUGCUGGUACAACGAGAGACUCAGCAACUCGUCUGUGUUCAAUAAUUCCGUCUUCGACAGCAAUGCAGCUUCCGCGAAUGGGGGCGUGUUCGUGUCGGGGUCUCACCUCCAAUUAAACAACUGUGCACUCACGAACAACACAGCUUUCACGGGCUCUAUCGUCUAUAGCGGCGCAGCCCUUACACUGAACGACUGCGCAAUGACUACCAACCGUGCAACAUCGAAAGGUGGCCUGUAUGUGUUCAUUCUCAAUGAUGUGCUUCUGAACAACCUAACGGCUAUGGAGAACAUCGCCGGGGGCCAUGGGGCCGUGGUGGUUACCGACGGCACCGAUGUGUUCGCGGUUCAGUCGACCUUCCACUACAACCAUGCCUGCAACUUCACCUACAACAGCGUGGCCAACGGCACCAGUGGCGGCGCACUGUGGACGGGGUCUGGGGCUUUUGUGCUGCACAACGUCACGGGACAUCAUAACCAGGCGUCUGACGAUGGCGGGUUUGCUGACGGCGGCGACAAAGUGAGUGUCACGGAUUCGUCGCUGGUAUAUAAUACGACAGUGAACCAGGGGGGUGCGCCCAAGGCGUACGGAGCGGUCUCGGUGGUCCGCUCAGAUAUCAGCAGCAACACGGCCGGGAACAGUGGGGGGGCUAUUGAGGUAAGUGACAGCGUGAGCCUCACCAACAGCACGCUUACCUGUAAUAGAGCUGCUAGUGGGGCUGCGAUUGCCACUUCCUCCCUGUUGCUCGUGGUCGACCCCCCCCCCCCCCCGGGAAUUUAA